GUAAUGUAAGCAUUAAUUUGUAGAACUGCAUUUAAAUGGCAGAGGAUAGUUUAAUUAUCAGCGUACAAUGCGAAAAUUCACCUGAAGGAUUACAUAUAAGCAUUUUACGCUUUUUACAUAGCUUUUUUACAUAGACAAAAAUUGGGGUACAAUACACAGCUACUUUACGUAUUUAAUACAAAUUACGAUGGAAGCUGCAAAGGAAUUUUCUUUCCCGUAUGCGGCGUUUACCCAGUGUAAGCGGAUUGGCAAGGCAAAGAAUCAGGCGAAAACAACAUCUUCCGUGGGAAAUACGGGCAGCUCCGUUGGGAUUAUUUCUAGCGCGUAUAACGAACCGGAACUGCACGAACAGCUGCAAUUAAAAAUCGGCAAGCUCUCCGUGGAAAAGGCUAAUUUAUUGAACAGAGUUGCAUCCUUGGAAAAUGAGGUGGAUUUACUAAUUACCGAGCGAGAAACUGCUGCCCACGCACAUGGUCAGCGUAUUGAACUGUUGGAAUGUAGUCUUGAUUUGCGACAGAAAGAUUUGGAGAAUAGUAUGAUACAACGUUCAGAGCUCGAAUCGUUUUUAGUGGAAUCCCAAGGAAAGUUUAGUCAACUGGAAAAAGUCUCCCAGAAGGAUGCUCAAGAUUAUCAAAACGGAAUACGGGAAAAAGAUAAUUACUGCGAAAGGUUAGAGCAAAAGGUUACGCAACUACAACUGGAGAUUCAAGAAAAGGAAAACUGCUACAAAGAAUUGAUUCUGCCAAAAAUUAUACCAGAGGUUAAAGAAAGAUAUCCUACGGAUGCUGAUUGCGGUGAUUGUCAGAAACGGAAAACUGAGACUGAGCGAACGCGCGAAGAAAAAGAAAUUCUCCAAUUAAACAUUCAAAAGCUAAUGGAUGAAGUUGUAAACGUUCGCAGAGAGUCCCAAGCCAGAGUCGAGCACUACGAAUCAAAUGCAAAGUUUUUAAUCGAGAGCGUAAAAACAAAGGAAUCUGCAGUUGUGGAGCUGGAAAGGUCACUAGAAUCCAACAGGCAGGAGAACUGCGGUCUGAUGACAGAAAAAGCCAUGUUAAAAGCACAGAUGGAUAAUAUUCUGCGUCAGCUGGAAGAAACACAAUUAAAGCUGUCUUCCCUGCAAACUGAAAAAGAAGCCAUACAGAGUGACCUUUGCCGUAAACUUGAAAAGAUGGCUGGCGAACUGAACGCAGUAAGGUUUAAUGCCGUUAAUACAAUCUCAGAAUCCAAAUCAGAACUAGAGCGCCGGUUACGUGAAGCCGAGCAGAAAUACGCUUCUAUGGAAAAGGAAUUUGAAAUGCAGCUGUCAAAACUUCAGUCAGAAAAAAGUGCUCUUAAGGAAGAGUUCGAUAAACGAUUAGCAGAGAAUGGUACACAGACAGAAGAAGAAGGGAAGCGCAGAAUGCGAGCACUGGAAGAACGGCUACAAAAUGAAGUUCAAGAAUGGAAGCAGGAAUACGAGAAAAUGAAGGACAGCCACCAGCAGUAUACUAAAAUUGUCAACGAACGUUUGGAACAGCACAGUGCAACAUUGAAAGAACGUUAUGCUUCGGAAAUCAACGAACUUCAAGAACGUGUAAAAUUACAUUUAGUUACGCAAAAAGAAAAGGAUAAAGAGGUGACAAAACUGAAGCAGACGAUUUCCCACAAAGAAAUCGACUUAAAAAGCGCCAAUUCACGAAUUAAUGCGCUCCAGAAGGAAAUCAAAGAUUUAGCUGAAAAGGUCACGAGUUUGGAUAAAGCGGACAAGGAGAACGAGAUUUUAACUGCGGAGGUUAAUCGUUUAAAAAUGCAGAAGGAUCCGGCGACCAUCACUCAAACGGUCAUCAGAGUGGAACGAGAAAUUCUCGAGGAAAGGUUGCAGGAGGAAUACGCAGAGAAACUCAACAAAUCUAAGGACAAUCUAAAACAGGAGUGGUAUAAUCAAAUCAAAGAGAUUAAUUCUAGACAUGAACAGGAAUUGUACGCAGUGUCUGGCCAGAUUUCACAACUGCAGCAUGAACGGAACGAAGAACGAUUACAGAUGGCCAAAUGUCGCAGUGAUUUUGUUGAGAAAAAACGGCAUUUGGAAGAACAAAUUACGGCAUUGGCCACACAAAGUGCCCAUGACAGCAAAUCUAUACAACAGAAAUAUGAAAUGGAGAUGAAGCGCAUGGCCAAACUCCACGACCAGAUUGUAAAGAAAAUAAAAACGGAAAAUGUUGAGUCGAUAAAAACUCUUCAGAAAGAGCAUAAACAUGAGAUGGAAGAUGCCGAAGAAAGGCUGAGAAUGGAGCGAAAUGUUUUGUUAAGGCAGCACCGAGAAGAACAGCGGAAUUUACUGGCAAAGUUAGGUGCAACGGUGCAACACUGCGCCGACAAGGAGCAGAUUCAAGAAAUUCAAUAUCUACGUAAUCAGAGCGCACAAAUGGAUUUCGAGCACCGAAAAAUUUGCAGCGAGAUGCAGCAGGACUUUGAUCGGGUGUUGGAUCGGUACAAAGUUGACUACAAAACAACGGUCGAGGCGCUGGAAAGACGAAUUAAGGACAAUAAUAAUCAAGCGCAGCAGGAAAUUGUGCAGUUAAGAAAUGCUCUGACGGAUGCCGAGAUUCAUAACCAACACUUAGAAGAGCAUCAUCAAAUCGAAAUCCAAAGGAUUCUUCGAAAUCGCGAUACCGAACUGGAGGAGGCGUUGGUUGCACAGGAGGAUAGCUUAAUGCGGGAGAACGAUGCCAAGUUAGAGAAGUACCAGAAGCAAUCCGAUCUGCAGAUCCAACAGCUGGACAGUCAAAUGCGCGAGCUGUACAAAGCGUUUGAGCGCAACACCAGUGUGCAGCACGAGACGCAUGCUAAACUCAGAACGGCACUGGAUCGCAAUGAUGCACUGGAAACCAAGCAUGCCUUCCUUCAUAGAAAGCUGCGUCAGUCAACUGACCACUGUCCUAGAGUAGUAGCCAGUGCAGAGUCUUUGGCGCGAAAAAACCAAACAGAGCUGCACUUGGCCCUGCGAAAGAGUGUGUUCACUGUGUUGAUGCCUCUGUCUGCUGCAAAGAUGGGCAAUCCCAGUAUUCCUGAGGAUUAUGCGAGGCUGUUUGUUCGUAACCUUCCUUCGACGUUUAGCAGUGAGGAUAAAGUUCGUGAGUAUUUUGGCCAAUGUGGAUUUAUACGACGGUGUUUCCUGUUGUCCGCCAGGCGUGACGAUUCCAACCGAGCAGCGUACAUCUCGUUUCGACAUCAUAAGGAGGCCGUGGAUGCGAUUGCCACGUUGGACAAGCAGAAUGUGGACGGGUCAGAGAUCAUGGUUGACUGGGAUUACGAAAAAGUGGAUACGCAUAUCACUGAGCGCGGGCGACGGGUCAACGACCCGGAAGUGAAUGGGGCACAUGGUCCUCCUCGAACGCAGUCAGCUGGCGAUUCAGGUAUUUUCUCAGACCAAGAUCAGGAACUUCCGUUCUUUUGUGAAAAAAACGGACGGCAAGUAUGCGUCGGCAAAUUGAACGCUGAAGGGUUGGCCAGCCUGCUGGGCGGUGGUUGGACAGCCGCACGCGUACCUUCAUCUCCUGGCGGACGGCCGAGGUUUGGACCACAAGAAGCGAAGCGACUGAGCUUCUCCUCGACGGAUGAUUCAAAUGGCGCAUCUACGAAGCCAUCGUUAGCGUUUCCGUCAAAAUUUUCGUCUGGUUACAGACAGAACGGUUGUAAUUCUCCCUUUGCAACAGUAUACCCGCCCAUUGAUGCCGCAACAAAUGAUUCCUCAGCCUGCCCCGCGGCUUCCGCCGUAGAUGAAGUGAAAAAAGAGGUAGCCGCUGAAAACACGCGGACUUCGUUUAGCCAGUCAAAUACCAGCUGUACCUCACCCUUGAUGAAAAGUUCCGCGCCGCAUAAAAGCAGAUUUGGCUACGUUUCUCCUGUUCCUGUGGUCUUGGACUCCGCUGCUCACCAUGAGAGUUCGGAGCUUUCAAACGCGACGGCGCAGAGACCAGCGCGGGAUACGAAACGCAUUAAUAUUCUGAGAAGCUCUCGCUAUAUCGCUCCUGUUCCCUCGACUCGAGAAACGUUGAAAACGGAGACUGCGAAGGUUCAUAAAAUUAGCCCAGCAAGUGCAAUAACCUCUAACACGAUUUGGACACAUGGGCACAUGCGUGGAUGGGAGACUGAAAAGACGUUCAUGGUUCAAGCGCUUUUCCUGGAGGCCAUUGCUCCCACGGGCCGAUUUUGGGUUGGACAAGAGAUGCUGGGUGGUGUGCCGGAAACCGUUGCAAGAAUAGCGAAAGAAAUGACCGGCUUCUAUUCUUCUGUUGUUAUACAAGAAGACUUCUACCCCAGCAGAGUGAAACAGCCCGUGGCCGUGCUGUUGGACGUGUGCGAAGGUUAUCCGCAGCUGAAUGGCAUGUGGCAUCGCGGCGUUGUUGUGGAAAUCCAAACCAAAGGCGAUCACAUCGUCUUUGUGGAACUGAUUGAUAUUGGCUACGAUGAAGCUGUAGAAAUGCAAUCGCCAAAAUGUAUUAUUCAGCCGCUGUAUGAGCGGUUCGCCCAGGAAAUUCCGCAAGUCUUUCGGGCGUUGGUUGGAGGGAUUUCCCUGGAUUCAUAUGACACACGGAUGGGCGAUUGUAUUCGUAAAGCAGUAAAAUUGAACAAUCAGCUACUGACAGCCACGCUGGAAACACAGAAACCGUUUCCAAUCAUCAGACUGUUUGAUAUGACGUGGUCUAUUCCGGUGGAUAUCACUUGCUUGGUGGUGCAGUUUAUGGAAGCUGAAAAGAGUGGUAAGGACAACGUUCGGAUUGGAAUGCCGGUGUGUGCUAACAAUGACCUUAAAGACGACUCGUACGAUUUGCUGCUGUGCGACAUGGAGGAUAUGGAGCAGUUCCAGGUAACACAGAGUGCAGUGGCUAAGGCUAUGGAUAUCUCAAAGCCACCGGCAAAUUUGGUGAGGGGUCAGGUGAACGCGACGUACAUCAAGAAAGAACAAGCGUUUAGACGGUGUCUUAUCGAUCUUGGCGGUAAAUUUCCUGACUCUAACGGCAAUGUUACUGUGGAACUCCUUGAUGUUGGUGGAGUGAAUAUUGUUCCUCUUCAUGCAGUUCACGCUUUGCCGGAAGAUCUUCAAACGGAGACUGUGGUGAAGAUGUGCCAGCUGGGCCUGGACGAUUUGCCGGAUGUUGAGCGGAUGACCGUCAGAGAAGAGUUGCGAGCCUUAGUGGGCAAGCCAUGUGCAUACCGAAUGCUCACCGAAACUGCCAAUGUGUGCCAGAUAAUGAUGUGGAAUGUGAAUACCAUGGCCGUGGUUGGCGAAGGUUUCACUGCUGAGGAGGCGGCGGGUAAGGACGAAAAGGAGACUGGAGACGAAAACAUCGCUCAUGUAUCGGAACUGAAAUGCUCCAAAACUUUGAAGCCCGGAGUGGUGGUGGAUGUGGCACCAUUGGAAGUUCUGACUGGGGAAAUUUUUACGGCAGUGGUGGAUCAGGCAAUUCAUAAGGAUCUCGCGUUCCGCACCAUGCAAGAGACCAUUCAGAAAGAGUGUGAAGCGGCAUCAGCGCCGGACGCCUUCCCGGAGAAGUAUUCCGUGGUUUUCGCUCGCUUCGCCGUGGAUAACGGAUGGUAUCGCGCUGUCAUUGAGGCCCACAAGGAUAAGACCGCGGAAGUACGGGUGCUGUUUAUUGACUAUGGAAAUCAGGAAUGGAAAACUCUGAAGGAUAUUCGACUGAUGGAUCGCAAAUGGCUGGCCGUUCCACGAGCCACGAUUCUGCUGUGUGAUGCAAAUUAUAUGCCGGCCGUGGAAGAAGAGUGGACCGAUGAGGAUAUAAAGGAUAUUCGUGGGCUGAUUAUCGGGAAAGCGUGCCGCUUUGAGCCGGAGCGAUGGGAUGAAAAGAUCGGUGUGUGGUUGGGCCGGAUGAUGGUUCCCAAGAAGAGUGGUUACGAAUACUUGGCCGAUGUGCUGGUGGCAGCCGGCAUUGCUGCAUCGGGCAACAGCCAGGCGUACCAGCAGUUGAUUCAUCGUUAACCUACCAAACGGUGGACCUUCGCGCACAUGACAGAAUUUGCUUCCGUUAAUGGGGACCGCGUGCUGCUCCUGUCCACUUGUGGUUAAUACUUAACACUGGCGGAUGUGUUCAGUUUAUAACAUUAUUGUCGUUCUGGACAGACGUUUUGUAUUGUUUUUAUUGUGUUACAGAGUUCUGUGCUGCCAGUAUUGUUAUUGGCUUUUUGCCUUUCGUUGUGUUGCCUUUAGUGAUAAGGGAAGACUUUUGUUGCACUUUUAUGUAUAAGCGGAGUAUCGUUUUCGGUUUUAUUUUGGUUGUCGGAUUGUUGGAAAAUAAUACGGUAUUUCGAUUUAAAAUUUCUUGGUUUUGUUGUACAGAAUGGCUACCGGCGCUUGCAGUCAUUGCUACAAUAAAUGGUUAUUUCA